AUGAGUUCACGCGUUGAAUGCUACCUCGUUCCCCGGACGGAGGAUGCACCUAAUAGCCGACUUCCAAUCCUUGUAUAUCGGGAUGUGCUACCUCAGCCGAGAACCGAAGAGACGGUAACAAGAUUCCUGACUACGCACCGUUGGGAAAAGAGGGGAACUUGGGGACAUAUUGCCAUCCGCCAUUUCCAUCCCAACAGUCAUGAGUGCUACGGUAUCUUUCAGGGCUAUUCAACUCUAUUAUUAGGCAAGAUUCAGAAUGGGAAGGGCGUAGAAGUCCCUGUCAAGGCAGGCGAUAUUGUCGUACUACCCGCUGGAACUGCCCAUUCAUCCCUUGAAAGCUCCUCGGACUACAAGUACAUCGGUGUAUAUCCAAAAGGUUGUCCCAAGUGGCGGAAUGAGAUGGGGAAGAAGUCCUCGAGGGAGUUUCUGCAUACUAUCGACGAAGUAGAUAUACCCGAAGAUGAUCCUGUAUAUGGACUUGAUGGACCGUUACCUAUGCUAUGGAGGCAAAGUCCUCGCGCAAAGUUGUAG